UCUUCUUGGACACCACCAGAGUUCCUCCACCACUUCUUUGCACCACCCUCCUCCGUGGUAGCUGCUGCUUCAUUUCCCCUCCAUUUCAGUAGUUCUGUUGCCUCGCAGAAAGUGCUGAGCCGGGGUGCUCGGACUCUGGCCACUUUCCUUCUUUCUCUCCGACUUUGGGCAUGAGGGUCUGCCUCUCCUUAGGACCAGAAGCUUCGGGGUCGAGCUCUUCGCUGGGCUGCUCCGCGCUCCCAGGGCCGGCGCCGGGUGCGCAGCGAGCAGCACGUCCCGCCCCUCCGGGAGGGGUGUGACCUGAGAGUUUAGAUAGGAGGUGCCGGCUGUCGGGCACACCCGGCGGCCCGCGGAGCUUCCUCAGCGGCGCAGCCUCUCCGCCCGAGGCGCGCAUGGAGCGGCGGGGUUCUCCUCCGCACCCGGACGCCGGCGUCCUGGCCCUCCCGCAGCCUCCACUCUGGCCCACCGCGCCGCCCACCAUGAUGCCGUCGUUCUACCGCUGCCAAAACAGCACCUCGGUGGAGAAGGGCUACGCGGCGACAAUGGGCUGGGUGCUCUUCAGCGCGGGCCUCCUGGGCAACCUGCUGGCUCUGGGGCUGCUGGCGCGCUCGGGGCUGGGGUCGUGCCCGCUGCGCUCACCGCGCCCGCAGCCAUCCGUCUUCUACGUGCUGGUGUGCGGGCUGACUGUCACCGACUUGCUGGGCAAGUCCCUGGUGAGCCCCUUCGUGCUGGCGGCCUACUCGCAGAACCGGAGCCUGUGGGGGCUGCUUCCCCCUCCUGGCAGCUCGCUGUGCGAAGCCUUCGCCUUCAUCAUGUCCUUCUUCGGGCUCGCCUCGACGCUGCAGCUCCUGGCCAUGGCCAUGGAGUGCUGGCUAUCCCUGGGGCACCCCUUCUUUUACCGACAGCACAUCACCCUGCGCAGGGGCGCGCUUGUGGCGCCCGUCGUGGGAGCCUUCUGCUUGGCUUUCUGCGCGCUGCCCUUCGCGGGCUUCGGGAAGUUCGUGCAGUACUGCCCCGGCACUUGGUGCUUUAUCCAGAUGGUCCAUGAGGAGCGCUCGCUGUCGGUGCUGGGCUACUCAGUGCUCUACGCCAGCCUCAUGGCGGUGUUGGUCCUCGCCAUCGUGCUGUGCAAUGUGGGCGCCAUGCGCAACCUCUACGCGAUGCACCGGCGGCUGCAGCGGCUCCCGCGUUCCGGGACCAGGGAGCGUGCGGAGCCCAGCGCCGGCGACAGGAAGGCGACCCCGCAGCCCCUGGAAGAGAUGGAUCACCUCCUGCUGCUUGCCUUCAUGACGAUGCUCUUCACCGUGUGCUCCCUGCCUUUAAUUUAUCGUGCUUACUAUGGAGCAUUUAAAGCUGUCGACAAGAAAAAUGAAACUUCUGAAGUCGGAGACCUCCGUGCCUUGCGUUUUCUAUCUGUGAUCUCAAUUGUGGACCCUUGGAUUUUCAUCAUUUUCAGAACAUCAGUAUUUCGGAUGUUUUUCCACAAGAUUUUUAUAAGGCCUCUUAUGUAUAGAAAUUGUCACAGCAAUUCCUGCCAAACUGAGAUAGAAUCCAGGCUAUGACAAUGUUUUACACUCUCUGGUAAGCUGAGGAAUGUAUCACACUUGCCGUCAAAGAACCACGACAAAAAAAAUCUUACAACUUAAAUCCUUAAAAGUUAUCUCCCAUAACAAAACAUCUAAAGGUAUUUUCAAAAGUAUUUGAUAUCUUAACUAUGUAUUGUCACUCUAUAUCCAUGAACCAGUUCAGCAGAUUUUUUCAUUUCAGGUUAUUAAUAGCGACUAAAAUUUCAUGUAUUGUAAACAGUGUUAUUGGUCUUAAAGAGAUGAUAUUAAUUGUUAUGACAUUUGUACUCGGUGUACCUAAUUUUUUAUUUAAACCCAAUAGAAACAUCACUGUCUAGUUACGUGAUGGGUGUUAAAAUUUCUUACCUAAUUCAUUUCUAGUGAAACCUGAUGUGUUUACUUUGUAUCAUAAUUACCCAUUUCAUUAUUUUCUUUGCCAAUUGAUGUAAAUAUGCGUAAAUUAUAGAGACUCCUCAGAGGAGUGAGGUGGGAAAUAUAGCCAAAUCAGGAGUUCGGAGGGGCCUUUCCACAGCCACCAUCUGGAAGGUGUUCACUGCCUCAUGUGGAGAGGCAAAGCUAUAAAUAAGUAGACACAAAGCAAGAUGUGACUAUGCCCACAACCCAGAGAAGAAAAAUUAAUUUUUAUCUUUUAAAUUACAGUUUCUUGUGUAUUGAAACAGGAAUGUCAGUAGGAAUCAAAAGUUUAGAGUGGGCUACAAAAUAUUGUUUCAAUUUUGGCACCUCCAUUUCAUAAGUUUAUCGUGUUAAUGAAUUCUUUAGGGGAGGGAUUUAUGCUUCUUUGAAAAACAGUGAUGUGUGACUUACCAGAGAGCCGUGUUCACUACCUGUGGUUGUGUGAAGCAGCAGGGCAUUCCACACAUCAAAAAGCCCAGCCAGGUCUCAGGCAACCUCACCUCAGGGUGGUGGCAAUGACCUUAACAUCUACCUAUUAACAAUCAUAUUCUGCUCUUUGUGUAGGAAGUAAGAUUUUACGGAGGUUCCUGAGAGCUAUGCACUUUCCAGACAGGCGCAGGAUGGGCUCAGAUGGAGCACAACUGAGCACUUUAAUUGUACAUUUAAAUGUUUACAAAGCUUAGCAACACUAUGAUCCAAAGGGAAAAGUGGGGAAAAUACAGCUGCAGUUCUUAAAACAAACAAGAGACUCUAAACCCAACUCAAGUAAGAACUUUCACCUUUAGUGAAAGAACAGACUGGGGACAUGAGCGGGGGUUUCAGCAUCUCUAGAGUCCCUUUAUACCCCAAUACAUGCAGUGGAGAGCCGACUACAUUUGAGUAGACCUGAGACCCCCAUUCUGCCAUCUGUUCCAAAGACAAGAGGAUUUGCCUUUUGCCUUAUUUCCAAUUUAGCAGCAACCCCAUUUUUCACCUCUGGUUUAUCUCAGUGAUUGUAUUAACCUGGGUACGUAUGUGUGAGGUAUUUUUGUAUAGCAACACUGUGAAAUGGGCAAAUUAGAAAUAUGUGAAUUAUAAGUUGAGAGUACGAUGUGAUGAAAAAUGCAGUCAUUUUCAAAGUUUAACUUUCGUUUGUAUAUUUAUUGUGUAAGUACAUGCGUGUUUUAUUGUCAGAGGAAGUGCAUCUUUGUGCUCUCCUUUUGGGAGGUGUGGUAUGAUAAUUGUCGAGGUAAUUUGAAAAGACCCCAGAUGAACCAAUAAACAUAACUUUAUAAUAUUUUGCAGAAGAUUUACUUUUCUCCAAAUAAAAACAAGAAAAAGUUUUAGUUUUCUUUU